GCGGCCCGCCUCGCUUCCGGUUGUUGUCGCCCCCAUAUCCGGUGUCCGCCCGCCCUCGGCUCCGCCGCCGCGAUGCUGUCCCGCUCGCGCUGCGUGUCCCGGGCGUUUAGCCGCUCGCUCGCCGCCUUCCAGAAGGGGAACUGCCCUCUAGGGAGACGUUCCCUGCCUGGGGUCUCCUUAUGUCAGGGACCAAGUUACCCUGACAGCAGGAAGAUUGUCAUUGACAACAGUAGUAUCUUCAGUGUUCGAUAUUUCAGAACCACAGCUGUGUGCAAGGAUGAUGUGAUUACAGUCAAUACCCCAGCGUUUGCAGAAUCUGUCACAGAGGGAGAUGUCAGGUGGGAGAAAGCUGUUGGAGACACAGUUGCAGAAGAUGAAGUGGUUUGUGAGAUUGAAACGGAUAAGACAUCUGUGCAGGUUCCAUCACCAGCAAAUGGUGUGAUAGAAGCUCUUUUGGUACCUGAUGGAGGGAAAGUUGAAGGAGGCACUCCUCUGUUCACACUCAGGAAAACUGGUGCUGCACCUGUUAAGGCCAAGCCAGCCGAAGGUCCCACUGCAGCCCCAAAAGCAGAACCGACAGUGUCAGCAGUUCCUCCUCCCGCUGCUGCCUCCAUACCUACUCAGAUGCCACCAGUGCCCUCCCCCUCACAGCCUCCUUCUAGCAAACCAGUCUCUGCCAUUAAACCCACAGCUGCACCUCCACUGGCUGAUUCAGGAGCUGGUAGAGGUCUGCGUUCAGAACAUCGGGAAAAAAUGAACAGGAUGCGGCAGCGAAUUGCUCAGCGUCUGAAGGAGGCCCAGAAUACAUGUGCAAUGCUGACUACUUUCAAUGAGAUUGACAUGAGUAACAUCCAGGAAAUGAGAGCUCGGCACAAAGAUGCUUUUCUAAAGAAACAUAACCUCAAACUAGGCUUUAUGUCAGCAUUUGUGAAGGCCUCAGCCUUUGCCUUGCAGGAACAGCCUGUUGUAAAUGCAGUGAUUGAUGAUGCAACCAAAGAGGUGGUGUAUAGGGACUACAUUGAUAUCAGUGUUGCAGUGGCCACUCCACGGGGUCUGGUGGUUCCUGUCAUCAGGAAUGUGGAAACUAUGAAUUAUGCAGAUAUUGAACGAACCAUCAGUGAACUGGGAGAGAAGGCCAGAAAGAACGAACUUGCCAUUGAAGAUAUGGAUGGUGGUACUUUCACUAUUAGCAAUGGAGGCGUGUUUGGCUCACUCUUUGGAACACCCAUCAUCAACCCUCCUCAGUCUGCCAUCCUUGGCAUGCACGCCAUUUUCGACAGACCAGUGGCUGUGGGUGGCAAGGUGGAGGUGCGGCCUAUGAUGUAUGUGGCACUGACCUACGAUCACCGGCUGAUUGAUGGCAGAGAGGCUGUGACUUUCCUCCGAAAAAUCAAGGCAGCGGUAGAGGAUCCCAGAGUCCUCCUCCUGGACCUUUAGGAGGAGGCCACACGCCCUACAAAUCAAUCAUGCAGGAACUGAAAAACCAGACUUCUUCCUGACCCCCAUGAGUCCCAAGUUAGCCUGGUGACAGGCAGGCACAUUCUGCUGGCCUCGAGCAAGGAAGCCAGGGCACUAUGUAACCAGCAGUCACAGGUCGUCUCUUGUUAUCCCCACCAGGCUCACUCUCAUACCCUUCUCUUGCCUUUAGAUAUCUUAUUUGUGUAGGCUUGAGAGAGAGAGAACUUUAAUGGAUGCUCAUUAAUAUUCCUGCUUUUCUUUCAUUAACCCUCUGCAAAGAUGAUUUUGCUUCUCCCCACUGCUAGUAUACCAUAGGGAAACCACUGGGGACCAUGUGACAAAAUUUCCAUCUUUGGACAGUGUUCUCCAGAGAUGUCUAGGGAGGAUACUGUUCUUCCCACGCUCAGCAGCAUCUUUCCCAGUUGUCCUCCUUCUCACUUGAUGCCACCUGUGUGGAGGCAUUGAACACAGGCGAAGAGGUGCUGCUUUGCUUCUUAAAUGGCACCGUCAUACUCAGUUGUCAGUGACUGCAAAAUGCCUCUUCUACCUCUUCCAGGCAGCACAGGCCAGGGAACCAGGGGUGGGCUUGAAUGCUGAUUGGGAGGAGAGGGCAAAGUCCUUGUGAGGUCAUACUGUAAUCACAGAUGGGAGCAGAGCCCAGGCCUGCCCUCACACUCUUAAGUCAGUGGCUCACCCAGGAAAACUCAUUUUGGCAUACCCUACAGAAGUGUGGUCAUGCCAGUCCUUCGCAGGCUGCUAGGAGCCGUCCUAGUACAUUGUUUUUGUUUAGUGCAGAUGCUAGCACAUCACAGCAGUGGACAGAGCCUGGUCACAGCAAUGUUGAGAGCCAGAGAGCAGAGGCAUCCUUUGACCAACUCAGAUUGACUUGAGCUUUUAAGCUCAAGUUAUUUAAGCAGGUAGACCAAGAUGCCAUUCUCUUUCUCCCCAUGUGUGGCCGCAAGGGAAUGGGGCCUUGACUCUUCCCAUGCAGGGACACUGGUUUAGGGGAGGGUGGAAUAUGGUGGGGACUAGCCCCGAGGUGUCAGUGCUUGGUGGUGAAGUGGCCGAUGUCAUCUCAGGCACUGCGCUUUGGGUCUGGGCAGUCAUUGAAGUUCCUUGGAGCAUGGCUGUGGUCAUGAAAGCUGCUGGACUUGUGGCUUUGUAUCCACUGCAUCCAGGCCUGAGACUGCUGGCACUUGACAUAGAGCCAUUAGUGCAGCCCUUUUUAAUCUUGAGCCGAGAAGCAAGGUGGGGAGGGGGGAGGGCCAGUACUGAGUGCCUGCAGCAUUUGCUACUCUGUCUUCACCACGCAGACCUUGUCUCUAAAAUAUUUAAAGAACUGACUUUGAAUGAAAAUUAAAGGGCAAAUAUUCUCAAACAA